GACUGUUGGCCACAGAAAGAGAUGGGCUAGGACAAUACGUAGCUGGCUGGCUCCAAUAUAAUUCAUUCAUCAUUGUAGUGUGUGUGUGUGUGUGUGUGUGUGUGUGUGUGUGUGGAGAGUAGUAGGGGUGGGGGGUGUGUGUUAGUGUGUUUGUGUGUCAGACGGUAUUCCUGCUCGUCUCGCUCCACCAGUUAAGUUAAAUCAGAGGCAGUCACUGGCACACUGCGGUGGUCUCUCUAUGUCUCUGUCUGUCCUGCUCUGAAAGCAUCAACAGCCUCCUGGUUCAGCACCACAGGACUCGCUGAGGCCCUCGCCCAAGGCCUGUAUCAGUCACCACAGACGCACCCCGCCGACAGGGCCCCCUGUUUAAAAGUCCCAGGAACUGGCACUAAAAAGGGAAAAUGCAGAAUAUAACGGCAGGAGCGACAGAAGGGAUAGCUCUGACAUGCGGCAUGUCUGGAAGCCAUGAAUUCAUCUUCACCCUGGUACCCAUCGUCUACGGCUGUAUCUUUGUCAUCGGCAUUGUCGGAAACAGUAUGGUAGUGGCUGUCAUCUACUGCUACAUGAAGCUCAAGACUGUGGCCAACAUCUUUGUGCUCAAUCUUGCUGUUUCUGACCUUACCUUUCUUAUUACUCUACCCAUGUGGGCCACCUUCACCGCCACAGGCUAUCACUGGCCCUUUGGAGGAUUCCUGUGCAAAGCCAGUGCAGGGCUGGUGAUUUUUAACCUUUACACCAGCAUCUUCUUCCUGACAGCACUCAGCAUCGACCGUUACCUUGCCAUCGUCCACCCAGUAAGAUCGCGCAGGUUCCGCACUGUGGUGUACGCACGCAUCACCUGUGUAGUGAUCUGGCUCUUUGCCUUUGUGCUUAGUGUGCCCACAGCACUGACCAGGGAUGUCCACAACAUCACAAACUCUAACACUACAGUGUGUGGCAUUCUGCACCCAAACAUCGAAAAUGCCAUGAGAUUGAAGGAGCUCCUGCUGGCCAUCAGCUUCAUGAAAAGCCUGCUGGGCUUCCUGGUGCCCUUCGUCAUCAUCAUCACCUGUUACUGCCUCAUUGGACAGGCACUGGUGGGGGCGAGACACAUCCAGAAAAGCACCCGUUCCAGGGAUGACGAAGUACUGCGCAUGCUUGCAGCAGCUGUCCUUGCCUUCUUCUUGUGCUGGGUGCCCCAUCAGGUGUUCCACUUAAUGCAGUUGCACACCCAGCUGACAGUGGUGGAGGACUGUGCCAUCCUGGAAAUCAUUGACACCGCCAUGCCCUUCACCAUCUGCAUUGCCUACUUCAACAGCUGCGUUAACCCAAUUGUAUACGGCUUUGUGGGACGCAGCUUUCGCAAAAACUUACUGCGUCUCUUGCGUUGCUCACCAGGUGGAGCGACAGGGCCUCACCCGAGCAUCAGCUCCAAGAUGAGCGCCCUCUCUUUUCGUGCCUCUGAGGCCUUGAGCCUCACAGCCAAAAGUAAGGCCUCCACCGAAAUUAAGUGAGGAAAGUAAUAAAGAAAAAGGGUACAAGUUCACUCGCCCCGCUCUUUUGGUCUGCGGUUAAGGGGCCGGGGAUGGCAGACAUUCCAUGCUUUUAAAACCCCCACUGUAUUAUCAAGCACUGAACCAUGCAGAAUGGUUGAAAUGUUGUAUUCAUGUCUCUCUGUAAGUAAGUCCAAGAGAAAUUUGCUACCUUUUGCAAGGCUUAUCUGCAGAAUUAUUAUUCAUAAUCCAUCACAUGUCACACAACAAUUUAAAAAAAAAUGCAUCAGUGGUGAAUUGCCCAGCUAAAAAAGACUAUCGUAUCCAGUUAUUUAUAUAACAUAUGCAUGUACUGCAGGAUUUUGUUGCCAUUGUGACUUCAGGAUACAGUGCAGUAAUAUAUUGUCCAGUGAUAACCAUUCUGUGUGCACAGCAGGUCUUUCACCAGUUGGAACAGUGAUCAAGUGCUUAUCAAAGAUGCCAUAGCUAAAAAAGGAAAAAAAGAAAUAUAUAUAUAUAUAUAAGCCACCCAUGCAUACUCUGCCAGCAGCUGUAUAUAUGGCACAAUUGAUGUGAUGAAAAUGUAGAUCAUUUAAUAACAAUAUUUGACUAUGAUAACUUGUACCUGUAUGCUAUAUGUGAUAAUAUCAAAUGAUGUGCUCUUUGUAAUGUAUAAUAAGUGUUAGGAUAAUAAGGUUGAAAUGCUGAAAUGCCUAUUCUGGGAGUAACAUGUAUGUAUAAAUAAGAGUGCUACACGAACACUCCAGGUAGAGUGAUCAUUGUCAGUAUCUGUGGUGGUUGUCUUUGUGGUAUUUAAACAUGUUCAUAGAUUUGUUUUCCUACUCUGUAAGUGUACAGUUUGUGAAUAUAUAAAAAUGUGAAUAAAAUGGAAAAAAUCCACAGUCCUAAA